CAAUUUUGGUGUACGACCCAAAUGGGGUCCGGGGCUUAACUCAAAAUGGAGCGAGAAAGGAAAGACCAAAGAAAAUUUUUUUUUUCGGGUCUUGAAAGACGAAAGAGUUGAGUUGCUGGUUUGAUCUCGUCUAAUCUAUUCCAAUCCAAAUGGCGCGGUGGUGGUGGAAGGCGGCGCUGGUGGUGGCGAUGGGGGCCGCGCUGAGAAGCUACGCGCUGAGCCACGGUUGGGACAAGGACGCCGCCCUUAACUUGCUGACUCACUGGUCCCAAAGCCUGGGCGUCUGGGCCAUCCCUCUCUAUGUCUCCGUACACACUCUCUCCAUCGCACUCCUCUGUGUUUUCUCCGCCAAAAUCCUCGGCGCCUCCCUUUCCUUCUGGAUCGGCAGGUUGAUAUUCAGGAGUUCCAAGUCAGCAGUUGAAUGGGCCCACAGAAACAGAUACUUUAAUCUUCUUUCGAAAGGAGUUGAGCAAGAUGGUUGGAGAUUUGUUCUUCUUGCUCGCUUCUCACCGCUGCCGUCAUAUGUUAUUAACUAUACCUUAGCUGCUACCGAUGUUGGGUUCCUUUUGGAUUUUCUUCUUCCCACUGCAAUUGGAUGUAUACCCAUGAUCUUGCAGAAUACAUCAAUUGGAAGCCUCGCCGGUGCUGCUGUGGCUUCAGCCUCCGGCUCCAAGAAAUCUCAAUUUUGGUCCUACUUUUUCCCCCUAGUUGGUAUUUUAUCAAGUGUACUUAUUUCCUUGAGAAUUAAAAAGUACUCAACUCAACUUUCGGUAUCUCAAAACACUCCCAGCAAAGAUAACCCCGUUGAAGCGCAUUCAAAAAGUUCUUAACAUUGUCUUAGGUACAAAAUUAACAUCAUAUAAGCUUUUCUUUUUUCAUAUUUUUUAUUUUUAUAAAUGAAUGUUCUAUUAUAAUUUGAAACAUGAUCUUUCACUUACUCUGGUAGUUGCUAUCAGUUUUCACUCUUGUAAGAUGUUUAUAUGUUCAGACUCAGUCCCUUAGAUCUUGGUUGGGAUUUUCCUCUUAACAUUUGAGUAGAUUCGUUGAACUUACUCAAUAAUUCUAUUGAUAGAA